AUGCCCGGUGGUUUACCGGAUGACUUACCUACGUCGUUGGAUGACCGUCGUUCGAUCCCCGUCUUCCCGCAGGAGACGGAGAUGUAUGACGCCUGGCAAGGCCAAUCCCAAUUCCUUACUACCCCCGUCGCUGCGAAACCCUUGAGCUUCAGCCUCGCCCUCGACGAUCACGCACACGACGAUGAACACAAUCUACAAGCUCAGUACGGUCGCGGUCUCGCUCCUCCCACUGAUGACGACAACGAGUCGACGAUCACCGCCCGCUUGGAGGACAGCGACGCCCGGCUGAUGGAAAUGCUCGCCGCACAAGCCGCCCACCGGGAAGUCGACUCCCUCGGCGCCGACGAAGAGACGAUCGCGGCGGAUGAGAAGCUAUCGGAAGCGGAGAAGAAGGAUAUUCUACAGCGGAGCUUGAAUAUGGCGGCUAGCAAUGGCGAUGUCGACCGCGUACAUAAGCUGCUGCAGGGCAAGGCGAAUCAAUACGUGGAUGUGAAUAAGCCGGACGAGGAGGGAACGGUGCCGUUGAUCUACGCGAGCUGCUUUGGCCACCAAGACGUGGUUUCCGCGCUGCUGAAUGCAGGCUCCAACGUCGACCAGCAGGAUCGCAAUCAGUGGAGCGCCCUCAUGUGGGCUAUGACCAAUCGACACAAGACCAUCGCCAAAAUCCUCCUGGACCACGGAGCGUCCCCGGAUAUCAAGUCCUCGUCUGGCGGAACGGCCUUUGACUUUGCCCAACCCGGCAGCGAGAUCUCCGAUUAUCUUCACGAGAACGGGUACAAUUUCGGCCCCGAGGCCGUCGAGGAUGAUUUCUACGACUCUGGAUUCGCGCAAGGUCGCUUUGAAGAGGAGUUCGCGGAGAAUGAGAUGAAACGCCGGAUGAUGAUGGAGGAGAGCGCUAUCAACUUGGAGGUGGACUUGUCGAGCCUGGGGCUUGAUGAGAAAUUCGACUCCGUGGAUGACGAAGAACUCGAAGGGGAACAACAAGAAUUCGUCUGGGAUCGGUGCCUCAACGAUCAAAUGUUCGUCUUCCAGGAUCAUGAGCUGGAGAGGAUCCUGGACAUCAUCAUUACAAGAAUGAGCCCCCAGCGGUCGCCGUCGCAGAAGCCGGUUCCCGCCAACCUGCUCUUUCUCAGUGCGCGAUACGCCCACUAUCACGCCAGCCCCGAACUACUGGCACAGCUCCUGGUUUCCGCCACCGAAAAGAUCAACGACGUUGUGGAACGCCAUCAGUGGGACAUGACGAUACUCGCUUUCUGGAUGUCGAACGCCACCUUACUGCUACACUACCUGAAGAAGGACGGGGGCCUGGUCGAGUCAACCGUGGAGUUCCAGCUGCACCUGGCGGAGCUCAUCAACGAGAUCUUCAUCCUGAUCAUCCGGGACGCGGAGCGGCGGAUGAACAAGGUGUUGGACGCGGCCAUGCUGGACCACGAGACCAUCCCCGGGCUGGAAGAUGUGGCGUUCCAAAAUGAGUGGAAGCUCUUCCGGUCCAAGAACAAAUCCAAGGCCCCCGAACCCGCAGAGAAACGCUUCCGACCUCCGUCCCCCAGGCGGCGCGCCCAGAUCUCUCCCCGCAACAUUACCUCCCUACUCUCCUCGACGCUGUUCGUCCUCGAUCUGUACGACGUCCACUCCGUCAUCACGACUCAGAUCCUGUCCCAGCUCCUGUACUGGCUGGGGGCGGAGAUCUUCAACCGCAUCAUGACCACGAAGCGAUACCUAGCCCGGACGAAAGCGAUGCAGAUCCGGAUGAACGUGUCAACCUUGGAGGAUUGGGCUCGGAUCAACAACCGCCAACCGGAACACUACGAGAACGGGUCGACGUCGUGCACGGGGGAGAGCACCAUGGAGGCGGCGCGGCGACACCUGGCCCCUGUAAUCCAGCUGCUGCAGUGGCUGCAGUGCUUCUCUUCCUUAGGGGACGACUUUGAGUCGCUGCUCACGACGUUGAUGCAGCUGCAGCAGUUGACGCCGGCGCAACUCCUCCACGCGGUCAAGUCGUAUCGGCCGGAGGUGGGGGAGAAGGGACUGAGCAAGCCGGCGAUGAAGUUCCUCAUCGAGUACCAGCGUGAUCCGGACCUACUGCUCCGCGAGCAGGGGAAGAUGCAGGACGCCGCACGGCAGGGGACAGCGGUGAGCGCCGAGGCCGGCCAGGGCACAGCCGACGGGCGCCCGGCGACACCGCCGCAGGGGCAGCCGGCUGUGGGCGACCCCCGCCCGUCGACGGCGCCGGGGACGCCCGAGGCGAGCGGGCGGACGUCGACCUCGAUCGCGUCGCCGGGAUCGCUCCGCGCGUCCUCGCGCCCGGCGUCGUUUCGCCUAGAUGACCGCAGCGUGGCUAACAACGUCUUUCUGGACCCGUCGCUGACGCUGCCGUUCUCGCUGCCCACGAGCACGGAUAUGUUGAUCAGCUACGGGGCGGGCUGGGGAGGGACCAAUCGCGAACGGGCUCGCAAAUACAUCCCGACGGUGCCGCCUGAGGUACUGAGUCGAUUUGACCGAGAUGGGUAG